UCAUUGGAGUCAGUUUCUGCAGACUCCUUGCUAGCAUCCUUUGAUUCAUCUGAUGCAACACAAAUGGGGGGACGAGAACCCAUGCUGAGCGGGAAGAAGCUAAAAAGAACAAUCCCACCAGUCUCUGUGCGAACAACAUAUGCUUUAGGCAUCAUCUCUCUAUUUCCCAGCCUCAGAGAUCCAUACUCAGACAACGGAUAUGAACACUUCUAUGACCGACAGAGUGGAUCUGGCUACUUGGCCUGGAGAAUAAAAACUGUUCAGCGCAACUCUGCAGCUCAGUCAUGCAGAUCCUCCACCAGCACAACCUAUCAGGAUAGUCCAAAGAGAAAGAGAGGGCUUCCUUGCACUAAUAAGCAGCUGUUUGGUGAGGAAUGUCACGAGGCGAUAUCCUUUUUGAAACUUUCAACUGAUGAAUCGGCAGUCAAAGAGAAGAUGAAGGCCACGUUUCAGCAUCGGCAAACACUGGUUCAAGAUCAAAAGUGUUCUUCAACGGUCUUUGAUGUCUUUCCACGAUUGCUUGAUGUCACUGGAUUGAUUGACCAAGAUUUCACCAUGAUGUUUGGAGAAGAGGUGUCGGGCAGAUUUUUGGCAAAAUGGCCUACUUUCUUCAAACCUAGGAUUCUGGCAGAGUGCAGAAAACUGACUUCUAAUGAGCACAUUGGAGAUCUCUUGUCUGUGCAGCAGGACACUGACAGGGACAGUGACCUGUCAAGCAUCCUGCUGUUGGUUCACCUGCUUCCUCCUACCUCCAAAGGCCACAAGAAGAGUGCCAAAAUCAGCUCAUGUCAAGCCAUUGAUCAUCUUGUGAGAUAUUUACAGAUGGGGGCCAGUGUUGAAACCUUCCUUGCUGGUGUGGAACCGGGACAACCCUUCCUCCUGUGUGUUGGUGAAAACAAGAGCAGCAUCCAAAGAUUCUACAUCAUCAUUGAUCUCAAGGCCAUCCCUUGCAAGGCACAGACAUCCUUGGCAGCUUUUGAUGAGCUCUUCAAGGCACACUUUAUCUUCAGUGUCAACUACCACGAAUCCCUCUACAACUUCUAUACGUUCAUCCAAACCACAGUUUUCAACAUUGAUGUGGGAAGUGCCAAGGAAAGUCCCAGAGUCAGGGAGCUAAGAGCCAGAUUUUUGCACGACGCUUGAGGUGAUAAAUAUCCUAGGAUGCAAACAUAUUUCUUUGUUAUCUCUGCAACACACACCACAAAAGUUCUGCAUUGCUUUGUCAGCAUUUAAGAUUCCACCAUGGUCUAUACCCCAGAAAGACUUUACGUUUAAAAUGUGGACAGUUGGGAUGUUGUUUAUCGUUUUGCACUUAUUCAGGUUUUAAAAAGCAUCUUGUUCAUUUCCAUAGAGAUGAUGCUUUAACUAAUAUUUCUGACAAUGUGGACACUCAGAAUGACGUUGCUGAGCCCUCAACUUCUCAUUCAGUAAGUAUAGACCCUCCAGUAACUCCUCAGCCCACUGCUGACAGUAAUCACACAUUAAACAUGUGUGCCUCUGUUGUUGCACAAUUGCAAGCAUCUGGUGUUGCAGAGAGCACAGUCCAAGCGAUGGUGGGGUCCAUAGAGGAACUUGUGAAUGACAUUCAUAGUGAAGUAAGAGAGGCAGUUCUUGGUUGUACUUCAGAAAUUCAAUGCACAGACUUGGAAAAGAAACUGGAAACAUGUUUGGAUCAACUA